CUCGAUAACAAACACCGCCCACUCGUGUUGUAGACCGCCGUCGGGGGGUGAAGAGAGAAGUUUAUCGUCAGCGACGCGCCACAGAAAAAGACAAGUGAAGAGAUGAGCCAGGUGGACCGGAUUAAAUCCUCUUUGCUGGGAGAGUUUCUGAUGAGGCACAGGCGUCUUCUCUGGUAGGGGGGGAGUCGCCCCGAAGCGCGGAGGGAAACCCCUGUGGCUGCUAGCGGAGCUCGUUAGCCGCUAACUAGCCGGCGUCGCCGGAGGGGAAGUGGAGCGAGUCGCGGACGAGCGAAGCCAACGGCGGCUGUUUGAACCGCUGCCUCUGCCGGCGAACUGCGUUAGCCGCUAACUAGCCGCCACGGCUAGUAAGCUAACGGACUCCGCCUGGAACCGCCCGCGUCUGCCGGCGAACUUCGUUAGCCGCUGACUUCCCGCCGAGGCGACGUUUGGAAACCUCUGCGGCAGUUGGCGAACUUCGUUAGCCGUUGACUACCCGUCGCGGCCAGGGAGCUAACGGCGCCCAGGCGACGGUUGGUGGGCUGGACAUACAUUUCCCCCCCGGAGGUGGGGUUCGUUGCCACCAAAGGAGGUUUAUCAACACCGGUGCCACCGUCUCUCUUAUCGGCGUAGCGUCGUGACCGCUCACCGCCGAGUCCGUGCUAGCAGCGGCUGCACUGGGGAUGUGCCUCAUUAGCUAGCGAGCCCACCACUUCUUUUGUACUGUUUUUUUUUUUUUUUUUUCUCUUCACAUUUUGCCAGUGCUUGCUGAUUUUUUGGAGACCACCCCGCGGCUAACUCGUGUAUCAACCGUACUUUGAUGUCGUGUCACCCGGCAGCUUGUAUUCCCUCCAGAAGAACCCGACGCGGAUCACGCAGGAGGAGAAAGACUUAAGUCACGUUAGAUAAAGAGACGUCGGUCACAGCCCAGUUAAACUGUGUGUGUGUGUGUGUGUGUGUGGCGGGGGGGAAACCAGCCACCAGCCACCGAGAACUAAAAGGAGUUUACAUUCGGCGAAGUGCACUCAGGGGGACGAAGGUAAAGCAUGAAGAAGUUCUCCAGGAUGUCGGAGAGCGGCGGAGGGGCGUCCGGCUCCGGACUCAGCAGCUACUUCGGCAAAGUGUUCGCCGUCGGCCGCUACCAGGUGACCGUGGACGAGCUCAUCGCAGAGGGAGGCUUCUCGGUGGUCUUUCUGGCUCGAACACACAGCGGCGUCCGCUGCGCUCUCAAGAGGAUGUACGUCAACAACGUCCCGGACCUCAACGUCUACAAGCGGGAGAUCACCAUCAUGAAGGAGCUGUCGGGGCACAAGAACAUUGUGGGCUACCUGGACUCCACCAUCAACGCGGUGUCAGACAGCGUGUGGGAGGUGCUGAUCCUCAUGGAGUACUGUAAAGCGGGUCAGGUGGUGAAGCAGAUGAACCAGCGGUUGAACGUUGGCUUCAGCGAGGCCGAGGUCCUCCACGUCUUCUGUGACGCCUGCGAGGCCGUGGCCCGCCUGCACCAAUGCAAGACGCCCAUCAUCCACCGAGACCUCAAGGUGAGCAACACCAGACCUCCUUGCACCGUAUACACACGUUUCCUGUGCUAACGGCUCGCGGUAAUCACAUUGAGGUUUUAUUGUUUUUGAGGUUACUCUUCAUGAGG